CUCCCCACCCGCCACCCCAAUCCAAACGAUCCGUCUGCUUCAAGUCCAAUUCUUUUGAGUCCGGUCAACGAGGAAGGAGGCCCCAUCCCUGCAGAAGCAGCAAUUAGAGUUCACCCAGGAUGAUAACUGUUAAUGAAGACAUGGAGGCUCAGGAGGAGAAAUCUCAGCUGUCUGUACCUUCAACUUCCAUAUCCCUGACUGCUACUACCUCAGCUUACCAGUUAGUGUCUGAGCUGCCCACUGAGGAGAGCCAGAAGUUUGACCUUCUGUCAGCACAAGUUUGGUCUGAUGAAGAUAAUGAAGACACACUGGAGACCCUAAGCAAAGAUGAGCCAAAGGAUGGAACCCUCCAUGAACGACCAAUCUGGGCCAAUAAAACUGAGUACCUCCUGGCCCAGGUGGGCUUCUCUGUGGGGCUAAGCACCAUCUGGCGCUUUCCUUAUCUGUGUUUUCACAAUGGAGGUGGCAGUUUUAUCAUCAUCUACAUCCUGAUGAUGUUUUUUGUUGGGAUUCCUCUUCUCUUCCUGGAGAUGGCAGCUGGUCAGAGGAUGCGUCAGGGCAGCAUUGGUGUGUGGAAGGUCAUCAGCCCCUGGAUUGGUGGUGUAGGGUAUACAAGCCUCAUGGUGUGCAUCAUCGUGGGCUUGUACUACAGUGUGCUCAUGGCCUGGAAUCUCUUCUAUUUGGUCCAGUCUUUCCAGUCUCCACUACCGUGGUUAUUGUGCCCCCUAUCACAGAACUCCAGUGUUGAUUCUGAAUGCGCACGGACCAACCCCACCACAUACUUCUGGUACCGGAAGGUAUUGAAGGCCACAGAUGAAAUCGAGGUAGAUGGGAAACCACUCUUACAUUUGAGUGCCUCUGUCCUUGUGAUCUGGUUAAUCAUCUGCAUCUCCAUGAUCAAAGGGCCAAAGUCCACUGGAAAGGUACCAGCCCUGUAUUCUAUGGAAGUGUGGCGCCGAACAGGAAACCAGCUCUUCUUGUCCUUGGGCCCCGGCUUUGGCAGCUUCACAGCAAUCAGCUCGUACAUCCCUCGGUCCAAUAACUGUAUCAUUGAUGCCUAUGCUGUGGCUUUUCUCAACUUGCUUGCCUCACUGACUACCACGGUGUUUGUAUUUGCUGUAAUGGGCCACUUGGUCACAGAUAGCAACGAAAAAUGUUACUUGAUGAAUGCCAAAAAAGUGAUGGAUCUGAUCAUUGCCCAGGUCCUGCCGCCUGAGGCCCACCCUCCAGACAGUCUGUACUAUGAUCCGAGCUCCAUCUACCCCAAGUGGCUCAACAACCUCCCUGAACACAUCAAAAACAGAAUCCUACCCAAUUUGACUGAAUGUGACUUAUCUAAGGAAUUGAAUAAGGUUAUGUUCGGUCCAGGUGUGGUCAUUGUGACAUUUAGUGAUAUCAUCUCUUUGUUUUCUGGACCCACCUUCUGGUCCAUCAUUACCUUCCUGUUGCUGGUGAACCUGGGGCUGAGCACUUGAUAGGAAUCAUACAAGGCAUCAUCACCCCUCUCCAGGAUACUUUCUCCCUCAGGGAGCAUUCAAAACUGCUCACAGUGGGUGUCUGUGUGCCUAUGUUCCUGGGCAGCCUCCUUUUUGUGAGGCCCUCAGGCAGCUACUAUGUGAACCUGCUGGAUGACUACUGGGUAUCUCUGCCCCUUUUCUUCAUUGUCAUCUUGGAGACCAUUGCCAUGGCCUGGAUCUAUGGGGCCAGGAGUCAAAUGAGGUGACCCGAAUUUAUCCAUCAUGGGCUAAAGCCUUGCUUAUAUUCCUCGUCAUCAUCACCGUCCUCCCUGUCCCUGUCUACUUUUUCUACACCGUCAUCAUUCGGGUGGUUUCUCCUGUCUCCAUGAU